AUGGACAAGCUAAGCAUGAAAGUAAAUUCUUCAGUUGGAGGUUCAAGUAAUUUAGUAGAUGUUGGAGCUGCAAAUGUCAACUAUGCAACUGAUUUUUCUGCAUUUAGUCAAGAUUUUUCAAGUGAGCAAGCUAGCUCUUCAAAUAGUAAAGCUUUUGGGAAGCUUCCUAGCCAACCUGAGAAUCCAAGGGAGCAGUGCAAUGUUGUUACUUUAAGAAGUGGAAAGGUAAUGGGGGAAGAACACGAAAUUGAAGUAAAGUUGAAAGAAAAGAAAGAUGAGUGUGAGAGUGAAUCCACUUCAACUAAAGCUAAAGCUAAUAAGGAAGCAAAUGAAGAGAAAGAAGAUAAAAAGAAAAUAGAAGAGAAAUAUGUGCCUCCUGCACCGUAUAAGCCACCAUUGCCCUUUCCUCAGAGGUUUCAGAAAGCACAAUUAGAUAAGCAGUUUAGGAAAUUCCUUAAAGUCUUGAAGAAGUUGUAUAUCAACAUUCCAUUCACCGAUGUCAUUUCUCAAAUGCCUUAUUAUGCUAAGUUUUUGAGGGAGAUUUUAUCAAAUAAAAGAAGGUUGGAAGAUUAUGAAACUGUUGCACUUACUGAGGAGUGCAGUGCUAUAUUACAGAAUAAGCUCCCACCUAAGCUGAAAGAUCCUGGAAGUUUUUCCAUACCAUGUCACAUUAGAGAAAAAAGUAUUGAGAGAGCAUUAUGUGACUUGGGGGCUAGUGUUAGCUUGAUGCCGCUUUUCAUAUGUGAGAAGUUAAAGGUUGGCGAUCUAAAGCCCACUCUAUAA